GUUAAACGGGCGCAUAAUUUCACUUUUGCUCUUGUGCUGUACCUCGGCGAAGAGCAACAAUAACACACGGCGGAUUAUGGAGCAGUAAAUGACAGUAAAUGUGUAUUGAUCGUUUGAGGCGGUCUUACUGUCCUUCAUAAAACCUCGGUGAAUGACAUUUCAUCAUUAGUUGCUGUUACUGCAGCUGGAUCAGCGCUGUCUCCAGGUGUGGAAUUGACGGCAAGAAUGGCGAUCAGAAAGACCUACAUAAGCGUGGGCUACUCGUGUGUCGGGGUGUUGGUGGGAUUUUCGGCGUUUCUAGUGUGGAACAUCGCUUACAACCAGCCGUGUACAGCCGCGAUGGGUGGAUUAUCAGGUGUUUUGGCACUAUGGGCUCUGGUCACACACAUAAUGUACCUUCAGGACUUCUGGAGAACAUGGUUAAAGGGACUGAAGUUCUUCCUGGUCAUAGGCAUCAUUUUCUCCGUGUUGUCCAUCGUGGCGUUCAUCUCUUUCCUCUGUGUCGCCAUCUCCCGCAAGCAAUCUCUCAAAGAUCCCACCAGUCUGUACCUGUCAUGUGUGUGGAGCUUCAUGAGUUUAAAGUGGGCGUUUCUGCUGGCCCUCUAUUCUCAUCGAUAUCGCAAAGAAUUUGCAGACAUCUCCAUCCUCAGUGACUUUUAAAUAUACACACAAUAACACACUCGUGCCCACAGACAAACAAGUAAAUAAGUGUACAACAUGCUUGGCUGUUACCAUUUAAAAUGGACCAGGAACACUCGACGAGGAGAGUUAGUCUUUUUAGUAUUUGGAGACAUUAGUGUACCACUUCUCUCUCUUUCUGCUAUUGGCUGUCCUGGAUGAAGGAUGUCAUCAGUGAUUUUCAAUUUUGGACUUUUUAAUAUCUAUGAUCAAAAUCAACAUUUCUGAGCCUUUUCACUUUUCAGUAUGUAUGGUUUAUACGUUGCAUUUCUGAAUGAGGUAUUAAGAGGAGUCUUUUGUCUUUCUCCUUGCUGCCGUUUUCUUGAAUGUCUCACUAUGGGAUAAGGAUAAGUGACAGGUUUUUGUUAAGCUGGUGCGUUUCCUCCUGCUAUUGCAUAGCAUUUAGGUAAUCUAUUGGUUUUUAAAAUAAGCACUUUAUUGUCUAUGAAAUGUGGUAUAACCAAUCACAAACCUUGUUCAUGUGGAAAUCUUUGAGGCUUUACUGGCAAGGGAUGUUAUGUGGAAAGCCCAAAUUCUCUUCUUGUUUGUACUUCUAUGACCCCAAAGCAUUAGAGAGCAACAUCCAGCACGCAUUUGAAUGAAAUGAAGGAUUUUUGUAGCAUUUUUUUUUUUCACAAGACAAACAGGGUUAGAGGUUUUUAUGUCUGUCACCUGUUAUAUGGCUGAGUGUUGGUUAGUAUAAUUUCACUCAGAUAAUACUGCAUGCAUUUGUCUUGGUAUAUUAAGUUGAGCUUUUUAUAUUUACACAAAACAUUAUUAUACUGUUAGAAUGUGAUUUUUGCUUUGCCUGACAUAUCAGGCACUUUUGUGAACAUAUCCAUUAUUGUAUUAUGAAAUCAAUAACGUUAUGUAUUUGUCAGUAACCCAUUAAUAAAAUAACCUGAUACCUGACAUG